UGUGCUCUCACUUCAAAGGUCUUUACGAUGGCGGCAGCAAGCGUCUUCCAUCGCCAGAGUAAUAUCUCGAUCUCGCGAUGAUGGUGCCGAAAGAACGUCCGGUUCUUCCGCGAGAACAUGUUUUUAGGCUUAUGCCACCCCAUGAGGGGUCGUCCGGCUUGGCUCAAGAAACUCUAGGGACGACAGUGGGGCGCGGGAGUGCGAUUCACGACGCUGGGGGUCGGGUCAAGGGGCUCGCGCGCACCGUUCGCACGCAGGUCAGCCCGGAUGCUCCUCGGAACACGUCGGACUUGCAUUCUCAGGGUACAGGGACUCAACGGGUCGUUACUCCGAAACUCCUCAAGGUCCAAUGCGGCGGCUACACGUAUUCGCUUCGAGAUGAGACGAGAAGAGAAUCCGGCAGAUCGGGGCAAGAUGUCAGAGGGAAUGAGGCUGAAGGGAUGGGCGCUGUCCGUGAAAGCUCUGGCGGGGAGCCAACUCCUUCGGAGAAGAAGCGCGAGCGACAGAGGAUGGUGCAAGAGAAGGUGGCGGAGGGAACCCUCUGCAUGAAGAGGAUGAGAGGAAAAUCGGAGGUGGUGAUGGGCGGGGAUGGAGGUGACGUCGGAGAACGUGCCUCGGGAAAGAGGCCGUCGAAGGAAGAGGGUGAGACGGCAACUGAAGAAGGCGAUGGCCAGAAGAAACCUCGAAGGCGGAAGACUGCUGACGCGGCGAGCGGUGGCGAACGGCCUGUCGGUGAGGAGUGCGAUGAAGCGGCAGUGUUCUGGCUCGAAUACAAGCGGAACGAUGGCGGUGAGAUCGUCAAGAAGGAGCUCCCCGUUCAACUGCUCAUCGACCCUAGGAAGGUCUGUGACAUCCCGCCUUGGGAAAGAUAUUACAACCACCGCAGUCUUAAUCGCGAAACUGUGGACGACAUCAAGGCUGUGAUGCCGGUGACGCGUAGGCCGGAGAAAGCUGACAGGGUUCACAAAGAUGUCUUCAAGCCAGAGGACAAGGACAAGUACUACUAUUACCCUGUUAACGGACAACACACCGUGGCUGCUGUGAAGGAGUUGGAGGGUGAGCCAAUAUUCGAUUUGUGGAAGAUGCACUCGUGGCCGGCGAGAGUAGUGUCGUUCUCCGACCGAGAUUUCGCGGGGUAUAGGCAGUGUCUCGCCGACAUGACCGAUGUCGAGAAACUGUCGAUCCUCGACAACAUUCUCGCACUAAGGGGGGUGUUCGUGCAAUCCGCGGGCGGACAUCUGAAGCGUCAGCAUAAAGCUGGAAUUAAAGACAUGGUCGCGACGAGGAAAGUGGACCGUGUGAUGCUGCGUAUGUUCCACUACAUCUUGUUCCUUGAAACGGAGGAGCACGAAUGUGUUUGGCGUUACAGGAGCCCUUUUUUCCGGACUGAGGAGCGGCUUCUAGAGGAGUCCGGGCCGCAGGGCCUCACGAAACAAAUGUGGGUCGAAAUGCGAAAGCAUUUCCAGGGCAAGGUGGAGUACGUGAACACUUGCAAACGUACUCUUCCGCACGAGAAGGAGUCCCUCGACGACGCGAAGAGAUUGUACGAUGAUGACAGGUUCCCUAAAUCUUUCGAAAAGUCUGUCCGUUCCAUUUUGCGACGGACGGAAGAAGAAGUUCGAGACACGAUCAGGGUCAGCGGGGAUGUGAGGCACAUCAAAUGGCCCGACCUCAACUGGGUGACCAGCCUUAUUCCUUUCGCUUUCCUGGCUUCCCAAGCUCACAAUCAUGUCACUGCGAUCCAUGAGGUUGUGCGAUAUUACGUGUGCAACCUAUACGUCCUCGAUUUGUGUGAUCCCCCACUCCUCACAGACUGGCGAGAAGACGAUUUCGCCAACGCAAGGCGCAUGGCCAGGCAUAGUGUCCAUCACGUCAAGACAGGGAAGUGGGUGCGCAAUGCACAAAAGCAGGCCACUGUCCGGGAAAGCAAUAUGCUGGUUGAGGAGUGUAACCGCCUGUACGUAAUUUUUAAUGGCGAGAAGCUGGUCCGACUGACCUUGAAUACAGUAGACGGAGAAACCUGGUGUUCGGUGUACUCAAUGGGUACCACGAUGCACCCGAGGGAGUCUGUCUCGCAUUUCCUGAGAAGGCUGGAGCACGUUUACUUCACGCUGGCCGAACCGCUCACCGUCGAAAACUACAAGUCUCAGUUUGACGAGGAGGACCCUUUCGACGCUGAAGACAUGGAGGAGUUGAGCGACUCCGAAACCUUCGAUUUCGAGUCCAUGCCACCUCCUCGGGUGGUUGGACAGGUUGGUGAUGAAGAGGAAGGUGGCCCUCGGAGAUAUAGCAUGUCCCCUGCCGGUUUGAAGCGUGUGUUUUGGGGCGAACCACUCGACGACCAAUCGUCUAAUGACGGGGACGAAGAGAGAGACUAUGAUCACGAACCUUGUGACAGGCUCCCUGAGGACCACGACACCUGGCAGAAUGACAGACUCUACUUCUUCGGCAAGCACCACCAGUUCACAGCGGAGGAUAUGAGGGGAUACAACGUCGUCUGGCAUCCGAGGAUAUUCCAACCUGCUGUGAAGAAUGGAAUGUGGGUCAUGGCAAUGAAGGAGGCCGAUGGCAAGUGGAGUGGACUGAAGAGACUGGGAGCGGGUGCAUUUAAAGGAACGGCGAGACAUGCUUUGGUGGAGCAUUUGAGUCUUAUGAACCCCGAGAGGAACGAUCCGGACGUCGUUGCGUAUGCAGAACACAAGCUAAAUGAGUUGUAUGCCAACAACAUGUUGCAGUUUCGAGCGCCUUUCUACACAAUCGAAACGACACCGUCUCGUGGCAUUGACUGGCGCAUGCCGCAACCUCCGUCGGGCGGUCAGCAUCCGGGAGGGGGUGGAGGAGGAGACGAAGAAGACGGCGGAGGUGGCGGAGGAGACAGCUCACAGUUUGUCGGAAAGGGGACGGGCGAGACAUCGUCGGUAGAGAAGGCGUCCGACGGAAAGGGGUCAGGCAGAAAGGACUCGGGCGGAAAGGGGUUGGGCGGGAAGGGGUUGGGCGGGAAGGAGUCGGGCGGGAAGGGGUCGCGCGGGAAGGGGUUGGGCAAUGAACACGUCCGGGAACUGGCGGUCUCGCGACGUUUGGAGGGGCCCGCUGCAGGAGUGUUGGAGACCGGGGGUGGCGAGUACGAACGUCAUACUCCUGGGGAAGAGGAGCGCUCUCCGGAAACGCGUGCUGUACAUCAGGAAGAGGAGACUCAACGCUGGCAGUCUCGCAAAGUGUUGGUGACCGGGGGUAGCAAGUGUGAACGUCAUGCUUCGGAGGGUGCGUCCGUGGACACUGACAGCGAGAGUGCAGGAGCUCCGGGGGAAACGCAUGCUCUACAGCGGGGAGAGGAGUCACGAAGGAUGCCGGCUCAGGAAGAUGUGAAGGGACUCUACGCACGAGCGAUGGUGAUCGGGACGUCCGAAGAGGUUCUGCACAGUCGGUCGGUUGUGGCCACGACGCGAGAGGGUGUCGUUAAGGGAGGUCAGUGGACGUUUGUGCAAGCUCCCGUUCUUGGCGACGAUGAAGACGAAAAAGAACCCGCGGUGGAAGCUUGGGUUCAUGGCCAUGAGAAAGGCGGAGAACCCGUGGUGGAAGGCGGUGAGGUGACUGUCGGCAUCCAGACGGAUCCACAGCGGAAAGAUGGGGAUUCUUCGCCCACCCGUUGCGGUGAAGAACAGGGUGGUCGAGCGUCUGUCCUAAGCACCGCUCGGGGAAUGGUGCUUCAUGAAGCCAUAGAGUUGGGUGACGACUCGGCUGCCACCGAGCUGGUUAGCGACUCAGGCGUGGCCGAGAUGCAGAACGUCGAAUCCUCCGUGGAAGGCGGUGAGGUGGCCAUCAGCAUCAAGAUGGAUCUAAAGCGGAAAGAUCAUGAUUCUCCGUCCACCUGUUGCAGUGCAGAACAGGGUGAUCGAGCAUCUGUCCUGAGUACAAGUCGUGAAAUGGUGCUUCAUGAAGCCAUCGACUUGCCAAGCGACUCAGCUUUCACCGAGCUGGUUAGCGACACAGCCGUGGCCGAGGUGCAGAACCUCGAAUCGUCCGUGGACGUUGGCGCAGUGGCACGACAGGCGGGCGAGUUCCCUUAAAGGGCUCCCGAGCACUAUAAGA